AUGUCCAAGAUUCUCAAUGUUGUCGGUGCUACUGGAGCGCAAGGUGGCUCUGUGGUUGCGGACACUAGUGAUUUGGCAAGCCUUGUCAAAGCAUUUGAGGGUUCUUAUGCCAUCUUCGUUGUCACCGACUUCUUCGCCUCCUUCGCUACCAAAGAUGCCGAAGAGACUGUUGCUAUUGAGUCUACUCAGGGUAUCAACUGCGCAAAGGCUGCUUCCAAAACCACCACUCUUGAGCACUACAUCUGGAGCACACUCCCUGACAACCAGAAGAUCUCCAACGGAAAAUGCUCUGUGCCUCACUUUGAAAGCAAGACCAAGGUCGAUGAGUACAUUCGUCAGUACAAGGCAUUGCUGGCUAAGACGACUUUCCUUUUCAUCACCUACUACGCCACAAAUAUUCUUAUGCCCAUGUUCACACCUACCCUAUUCAAAACCACUGGCAAGCACGUCCAGCUGCUACCUAUUGCCGAAGACACCCCAAUCACUACACUGGGUGCGACAGUGAUCAAUACCCUUGGUCUGGUGUCUAAAGAGCACUUUGAAGCACGUCUUCGCUAUCACUUUGCUCAAAAAGAUAUGGCUGAUGAUGACCCAGCUUGGUAUGCUCUGCGAAACACAGUUUAUGCUUCUUGUUACAGACUCGGCUCAUCUAAUAUGCCGUACUCGAAUAUGUCUGGCGAAAUUCAGGGGCAAGCUUGGCGAUACUUUGAAAAAGCCUUGGAUGUCCAUACCGAGCUUUUAUAUGGAAGCACGGGUCUUAUGGCAGUGCAAGCAUUGACUGCAAUGGGAUUCUUUGCUGAAGGCCUUGCCGGCCCCUCUCUUGCGUACAUGCUUGUUUCCUGUGCAACGCGGUUAGCUCAGGCGAAAGGUCUCCACAGGCAACCUGCACAAUCUUGGAAUUUGCCACUAGCUAAACAACAGCAUCGAGUUAGACUGUUCUGGACCCUUUAUAUCCUCGAGAAGCAUAUAAGCUACAGAUCAGGCCGACCAUCGAUCAUUGAAGACGACGACAUUAGUUGCCCCUUUCCGAGCACUCAGCUUGCUAACAAUACCACGUACAUCGAUCCUUUCAUUUACAUAAUACAGCAUGCUCAAAUUUCCUCUCGAAUCGCAAAGCAACUAACAAGUGGAAGCUCUCUGUUUGGAUCUGGUCAGUCUUCAGCACUGCGAAGUCGGAUUUCGAUAAGUUCACAUGCUGUUGUCAAUGCGGCCAGGGCAAUAAUACUGGAUACCGACGCAAUUCAAGUCGAUGCAUCGACACCUAUAUGGCUAGCAUUCUAUUUCCCUCUCGUGAGCGCUAUCAAUAUAUUUAUCUAUAUUCUGAAAUAUCCUGCUCUCCCAACAACAUCGUCUGAUGUGGCCCUACUAGAUAUCUGCACUGGUCACUUCAGCCGCUUGGAGUUAGCAUCUCCAGACACUGCUUUGCCUUUCAUUCGGGAGAUCGCGAGAUUGGCCCGUUCAACCGUUGAAUCUGUAAAAAACUCAGCAGCAUCUCCAGGCUCGUUGUUAGGGGCAGACGUCAUGGCGCCUUCGGUUGCGCAGCCCUCGGUUCCACAUGCACGCAAUCUUUACACAUGAUCGACUAGAAGCUAAGCAAUAUAAAAUGCAG